AUGGCAGGGACAGAUGUUCAGUUUCUGAAGGAGCCCUCACUGGUCUACUUGCUCUGCAUUGGAGGUCUCCAUCUGGGACCAGCCAGUGGCCAGUGCCAAGAGGUGUGUCAGGCAAACAGAGACACAGAAGACUGUGACAUGAUCAGAUAUGUUGUUUUUGCCAGAAUCCUGAAAGCUCCCGAAUCCCAAAAUAUCACCUUUGGGUCUGUGGUGACGUUGCGGUGCACGGCGACUGGCCUUCCAAUCCCCACCGUCACCUGGCUGGAAAAUGGGAAAGCUGUUUCUGCAGGGUCUAUAGUGGAAAGUAUCAAGGACAGAGUGGUUGACUCCAAACUGCAGGUCUAUGUCACCCGACCUGGCCUGUUCACUUGCCUCGCCACAAACAAACACAGCAAAACUUUUGGAGCCGCAAAAGCUGCAGCAACCAUCAGUGUUUCAGAGUGGAGCAAGCUGUACAAGGGUGAUGCAGGCUACUGCAGCACAUACAGAGGUGAGGUGUGUAGUGCUAUCUUGGAGAAGAAUGCUCUUGUUUUCUUCAACUCCUCCUAUGCUGACCCAGAGGAGACCCAAGAACUGCUUGUGCACACUGCCUGGACUGAACUGAAAAUGGUGAGUUCAUUCUGCCAACCGGCCGCUGAGUCUCUGCUGUGUAACUACAUCUUCCAGGAGUGCAAUCCCUCGGGAGCUGGGCCAGCUCCAAAACCAGUAUGCAGAGAGAAUUGCCUUGCUGUAAAGGAUCUCUACUGCUUUAAGGAAUGGCUCUCAAUGGAAGAAAACUCUCAGAAGGGGAUUUACAAGCCAGGGCUGAUGCUGCUCACUCUUCCCGAAUGCAACAGGCUGCCCAGCCUGCACCAGGACCCCAGCACCUGCACCCGCAUCCCUUUCUUCGAUUUUAAGAAAGAGAAUAUAACCAGGACUUGCUACAGCGGCAAUGGACAGUUUUACCAGGGCUGGGCCAAUGUCACGGCCUCUGGCAUUCCCUGCCAGAAGUGGAGCGACCAGGCUCCCCACUUGCACAGAAGGACUCCUCAGGUUUUCCCAGAGCUGUCUGAUGCAGAGAAUUACUGCCGUAAUCCAGGAGGUGAGAAUGAACGUCCCUGGUGCUAUACAAAAGAUCCAUCCGUGACCUGGGAAUACUGCAGUGUGUCUCCCUGUGGAGAUGCAUUGUUAUCACUAGGAACAAGAAAACCAAAUGGAGAGACUCCAAAUCUCCCCCCUCCUCUUCCUUUUUCCCCUACAUACUCCAUGACUGUCAUCAUCUCAAUCAUCUCCAGCUUUGCCCUGGUUGUGAUCCUUGGCAUUGUCACCCUGGUUUGCUGCCGUCGGCGAAAGCAGUGGAAAACCAAAAAGAGAGAGUCAGAGACACCGACACUCACCACUCUGCCCUCUGAACUCCUCCUGGACCGGCUGCACCCCAACCCAAUGUACCAGCGGAUGCCCCUUCUCCUCAAUCCGAAAUUGCUCAGCCUGGAGUAUCCCAGGAACAAUAUUGAAUAUGUGAGAGAUAUUGGGGAAGGAGCGUUUGGGAGAGUCUUCCAAGCAAGGGCCCCAGGGCUGCUGCCGUACGAGCCUUUCACAAUGGUGGCAGUGAAAAUGCUGAAGGAGGAAGCAUCUGCAGAUAUGCAGGCUGACUUUCAGAGGGAGGCAGCCCUGAUGGCAGAAUUUGACAAUCCGAAUAUUGUCAAGCUUUUAGGUGUGUGUGCUGUUGGGAAACCAAUGUGCCUGCUGUUCGAGUACAUGGCCUACGGGGAUCUCAACGAGUACCUGCGUGACCGCUCACCCCGCAACCUCUGCAGUCUGGUGCACAGUAGCCUGGACGCGCGGAUCCGCCUCCCCAACCCCCUGGCUCUGUGUUGCACCAGCCAGCUCUGCAUUGCUAAGCAGGUGGCUGCUGGCAUGGCGUACCUCUCUGAGCGCAAGUUUGUCCACCGGGAUUUGGCUACCAGGAACUGCCUGGUAGGGGAGAACAUGGUGGUCAAAAUCGCUGAUUUUGGUCUCUCAAGGAACAUGUAUUCAGCCGACUAUUACAAAGCAAAUGAGAACGAUGCCAUCCCUAUCCGCUGGAUGCCUCCUGAGUCCAUUUUCUACAAUCGCUAUACCACAGAGUCUGAUGUGUGGGCCUACGGGGUGGUGCUGUGGGAGAUAUUCUCUUAUGGCAUGCAGCCCUACUAUGGGAUGGCUCACGAGGAGGUCAUCUACUACGUGAGGGAUGGGAAUGUCCUCUCCUGCCCAGACAAUUGUCCCCUGGAGCUCUACAACCUGAUGCGCCUCUGCUGGAGCAAGCUGCCUGCCGACCGGCCAGGCUUCGCCAGCAUCCACCGCAUCUUGGAGCGCAUGUAUGAGAGGGCUGUGGCCACCCCAUCGGUCUGA